AUGAGAGCAAGAACAGAUCCAACAUUCAGUGAGUUCUUACUUCGAGUGGGUAACUGUGAUGAACCAACAAUAAGAGAAAAUUUAGUCCUCCUCCCAGAACAAUUAACAAUCAAACAUUCCCAGGAUGGUAUUCAAGAAGAAUCCAUAAUAAAAGAGAUAUUUCAAAACCUGCAAGAAAAUGCUGCUACAACAAAAUCUGUCACUAAAAGAGCUAUUUUAGCAAGCAGAAAUGACCAUGUGAAUAAAAUUAACGACAAGUUAAUAUCUCAAUUCCCAGGUGGAAGCAAGAUAUUCAAUAGCUUUGACUCAGAAGAAGAUGACACCAACUAUUACCAAGAAGAAUAUCUAAAUACUUUAACAACAAACGGUCUCCCACUACAUAGGUUAGAAUUGAAGGAAAAUGUACCUAUCAUGUUGCUAAGGAAUUUGGACCCUUCAAGUGGCUUAUGCAAUGGCACACGAAUGAUAUGUCGAGGUUUCUCUCAAAAUGUCCUGCAUACAGAAAUAUCAAGUGGUCAUUCUGCAACAAAAUAUGUGUUUCUUCCAAGAAUACAACUAUCACAACCACAAAAUGAAGGAUAUCCAUUUAAAUUCAUUGGAAAGCAAUUGUCAGUACGCCUUUGUUUUGCAAUGACUAUAAAUAAAGCUCAAGGUCAAACGAUUCACAAUGUUGGUUUGUAUUUGCCCUAA